UGCUCUCCCCACACGGAAAGAAAAUUUUCAUUACUUUUUCAUAAAAAUAUAUUGAUAAGCAGUGGGACUCAUUUAUAUAAUUUCACUAGGACAUUUCAAAUCACAUUGAUUUGUUGACGUUGAAAUUAUGUGCGAUUUUAUGUCGAGCUGUUUUCUUUCUGUGUAUUAUAUACUCUCUUCCAGCUGUACAAUCAAAACAAAAGCGGUUGUGGAGCUUUUGGCGCUCUGCUUUUUGGCUUUGUCGGGGAGCUUUGUACACUUUUUUAUCAAUCGGUCAAGAACGUUUGACGAGCCCAGACCAACAAAAUUAAGCUAAAAACUCGAGAAGACAAGCCAAUGUAUUGGUGACCACAUAGACAAAGUGUGAUAUUCAAAAUAAAAAUUAUAACAAAAACAGUGAAUCCAGAAAAUUGAAAAAAAAAACAAACCCGAGAAUCAAAUAGCUAAAAUUCAUAAAAAUAAAUGUAGUUGGUUUGCCAUAAUUUGGCUAUCUAAAAAACUGGUUUUUGAAAUAGCCGCAUUAAUGAACUAGUUUCCGAGGCAACGAAAUAAAAAACUAUACCGAUUUGCAUAAAUAAAUAAACCAACAAACAUAAACGCUGCCAAACUUGACGAGUGCGUUGGAAUUUGUCUACCAAAUAAUACAUAUAGCGCGCUGUAUGCGUACAUAUAUAAAUUCUUAUUAGAACCCCACACACUUGAGAAAAGCGAGAGAGAGAGCCAAAAGCGCCAAAGUUUCGGUCCCGCUCUUUUUGGCUCUCCCCCAUCGAUCAGUUGUGCGCUUACCGCUCAGCUGCUCGGUCGAAACUUGGAAAACAAACCGCAAAAUUGACAACAAAACGCGAAUAAAGGCAGAAUAAGCUAACAAAGCUAAUCACAAUUUGUUGUAAAUUUUUGCCAUCAAUUUAGAAACGAGUUUCACAAAACGUAUUGAGUGCCAACCCGCAGUUAAUGUACGGGACAACAGAAAUAAUAAAUUAAAAAAACGACUUUGUCGCCGCUGAUAAGAUUUCCCCUCUUAUCAAAAUUCAUAUAAACUGAGUGUUUAGUUUGGUGUAUUGUGCUUUGGAUGAUAUACUACGAAUGUGCUUCAAUAAAAAUAAAUUUUUGUCUUAAUCGCCACAUGUGUGACCUAGUUAAAAAACCAACUCACACGCACGCAUAAAAUAACAAUGAAAUUUACAUAUAAACGUGGACCGCACCAUACAUAAUAAUUAAUAACGAAAAGCGAAAAACGAGGAUGAGGAUGAGGAAAAAUUAAACAAAAAUACAAUAUCAAUUAAUUUGUAAACACCGCCAGAGGGAAAUGUUUAAUCCGUGUGCAUUUAAUUGAAAAUCUUCGAGGAAGUAAUAAAAAGAACGCUUUUACAGCAAAUCAGCAUAGCAUCAUUUUCUGGCUUGUUUAUACGCAACGAGGUGGAAAAAGGAAAGAAGCAGAUAAGGUGGAUACCACAAUUCAAAGUCGGGCCUGGGCGCCCAAUCUUGUGAAGGAGAGACAGGAGGAAGAAGAAGAAGUAGCUAUAGUCCUAGAGCAGAGUGGGAUUUUCACCCACUAAAUACAAUGACAGAGAACCAGCUGUAUCCCAUGUCAUCGGAAUUCUUUGACACCGGAUCGAACAGCAGCAGCAACACACUCAAAUACGAUCUGUAUUCGCUGGGCUCCACUGUUGUGGGUGCGGCUCUGCCCACGUUGACCAUUAACACGGGCUACGGCAGCAGCAGCAUCAAUAACAAUAAUAAUAAUAGUAACAACAACAGCAGUAGUCACAGCAGCGGCAGCGGCAGCAGCAGCAGCAGCAACAACUGCUCCACCAGCACCACAAAUACCUGUAAUGUAAUGCUAAGCACCACGGCCAUAACAAUACCACGGAGCAGCAACCAGAACCACCAUCAUCCGUACCAGCAGUUGGACCUGCAGACGCCGCGCCACCAUCCCAGUCCCUUGCACACAUUGCCCAGCAUGACCCACCAGCAGCACAGUCUGCAGCAGCAGCAGCAACAGCAGCAGCAGCAACACCAGCAGCAGCAGCAGGAGCAACUGCAGCACUCGCAUUUGGCAUUGGGCGAGCUGUCGGACUUCACUUUGGACGCUCUGGAUGCCGCUUCCCUUUCGCCAACUCUGCUGCAGGAUGUGAGCCUCAGUGCAGCUUCGCCGCUGAACUCCUCGCUCUACAACGGCAACACCAGUGGAGCAGGCAGCAGCAACGGCUUGGGAUCGGGGGGCAGUGGCGGCUACUUUGCUCCGGACAUGUCGCACAGCCUCAGCUUGAAUGUGGUCAGCGAACAGGUGCUGCUGCAGGAGGGCGUCGCACCGAACGAGCUGCUCUACGAGAUGACGCCCAAUUCGAAUGCCAUGUGGAGUGAUAUCAGCAGUGCCAUUAUCCAUACCAAACACGAGCCAUUCAGCCUGGACGAUGACUACAUCUUUCCCAACGACAAGGCCGAGAUUCAGGCGGCCGAUCUAUCCGAUUUAAAUGGUGGCGACUUCCUGGAUGUGAUUGGGAUCGAGGACUUCUUGCCGCAGACCACCGUCUCUCAAAGUGUCAAUUUUCUGCUGUCGCCGCAGAGCCAAGGACAGGAUGCCCUGGUGGCACCGCCCAUGGAACUCCUGCAGCAGCAGCAGCAGCAGCAGGUGAAUCCGCAGAAUCAGCAGCAGUUGCAGGUUGGCAGCCUGCCGCAGUUGCAAACACUGCUCACGCUCGGCCAGCAGCAACAGCAGCAGCAGCAGUCGACAAACAGUUCCUCCACUAGUCCGUACGAGAUCUACCACAGCACGCCGCAGAAACCGCAGCAGCAGCAGCAGCAACAGCUCUCGGCCAGCUUCUCGCCGGGCAGCCAGGCCUCCCAAUCCCCAUUGACGCCACCGCCACCGCCGCACGCCAAUCGACCGCAGUACCAGAUGGUCAAGUCGCGCAACAUGCAGGAGCUGAUCAAGAAGGGCUUUCCCAUGUCCUCGCCGCCGGAGCGUUCGAUCCUCAGCCAGUCGGCGGCCUUGAGUCCGGGUGGCAGCAGUGGAUUCGGAAGUUCGGCAUCCGGAAAUAGUACAACUACCAGUAAUCAGACUCCAGGAUCAUCGGUACGCAAGUCCUUUGGCUAUCAGAGCGGCGUGGAGAGCUCCCAGCUGAGUCGCCUCAGCUCGUCGGCGCCCACGCAUCUGGGAUUGGAUCACAUCUGGAUGCGACGGGAGCCGCGACAGCAUUUACUCUCCACCGGUUCGCUGGCCGAGGCCGAGAGCUUCUCGUCGCUGAGCACCGGCAGUGUUUUGUCGCCGGAUGGCAUCGACUUCUCGCAGGACGACGAGGAUGACAAUUCGAGCGAGAACAGCGACAACUACGAUGACUUCAGCAGCGAUAAUGGGUUAUCCGGGGAUGAGGACGAGACGCGCACCUCGACGCCGAAUCAUUUGUCCAGCAGCAAGGGAAAGGAGAGGUUCUUCUGGCAGUACAAUGUCCAGGCCAAAGGACCGAAGGGCAAGAGGCUGGUCUUCCAAUCGAAGCUCGAGGAUCCCCAUGUGCUGAAUGAGGUCACAGAUCCGGUCUUCAGUCCCACUUGCUCUGUGAGAGGCAUUAAGGUUUACAAGCAUAGUGGCAAAGCUCGCAAAGGAGAUGGCAACGAUUUGACACCGAAUGCCAGGAAGCUGCACAACAUCGGCAAGGAGCUGGACAAGCUGAGCCGCACCAUCAACGACAUGACACCGGUUUCCGAGCUGCCCUUCAACGUGCGUCCCAAGUCGCGCAAGGAGAAGAACAAGCUGGCCUCCCGCGCCUGUCGCCUGAAGAAGAAGGCCCAGCACGAGGCCAACAAAAUCAAGCUCUUCGGCCUUGAGAUUGAACACAAGCGCCUCAUAAAUGGCAUUGCCGAGCUAAAACAAGCCUUGGCUGUCAAGCAUCGCACCAAGAAUCUGGGCGAAUCCACCGAGGAGGUGGACCAACAAAUUGCACGCAUUUACAACACCGCCUCGUCUGGAAUUCGCAUUGCGGGUGGUUCGACGGAUUUCGUGAACAAGGUGCUGGAAAACAUGCGCGGCGGAAUGCCGAACGGAGGCCUCGAGGAGCUGCGCAAGUCGUCGUAGGCCAAAGGCAGAAGAAUAUCUAAAGCUAACGAACCGCCCAUCAAGAUUAGUUUUAACCAAUUAAGAGAGAUACAAAGAGAGAGAUGCCCGAAACAACAGCCACCAACCAUAACCACGCCACCAAAAACUGAAAUCCAUUCUAGGACAGAAUGACAAUUGGAUUUGGAUCAAAGUCCAUCUCCCUCCUGAAAAACAAAACGUUCUGUUAAAUAGUUCUGCUUGAGUGAUAUAAUAUUGAUAACCGAGAUAUAACUGUGAUUUAAUGAGCCUGGGCUUUAUAUGUUUUCUAUGGCAGGAAAUAGAAGAAAAUAUUUUUUACUUUUUUGCCGACCACACCGAAUCCGGAAGACCAGAGCCAAAACAAACGUAAACAAAACAAAAGAAAGAAAAGAAAAUUCCUUUUGAAAAUGCAACAUUAACAGAAAGAAAAACAAAAACAAAAACGUAAAGAAAGAGGCAACCACAAAAUGAAACUGAAGAGGAAAUGUGUAAAAAUACAAAAUUUUGUUUAGCUGUUAAGAUUGUUAAGAAACGACGGAGUGUUAGAGCAAGUGAAUUUUGUAGGACUUCGCUACCAGUUUUACCUGCUUAACGAAUAAGGGUUUGAGUUCAUUCAUUCGGUUCGAUUGGAAAGAAACAAAUAAUUUGGAAUGCUAAAAAUCAUUUUUUCGAGAAUAAGUUAUAUACAACUGCGAUUUAUCUGUUUAAGUUUUAAAUGCUAUAUUAACGCUGUAUAAUUUGGUUCAAUGUUUUAGUCUUAGUUCUUAAAUUUAACACAAUGUGGAGAGAGCUUUUAUUUAGAACAUAUAUACCUACAUAUUACAUUUAUCGGUAAUUCUAGUUGUUUUGGCCCUCAUCCAAUAUAUAUAAAUAUUUUACGGUCCUAGGUUGUCGUUUUUAAGUUUUCCAUUUUGUUAAAGCAAGUUUGAUUGUUUCUGAAGAAGAACGUUUCGCGAAGCUUGAUUAAUUUACUUUUACGCUAUAACUAUCUAUACAUAUACAUACAUGCGUGGUGAUAUAAUUUUAAUUUUUCUUUUUAUGCUUUUAUUUCUUGAUGUUAACUGUAGAUCAUGCUUGAACUCAAUAACUGAGAAUGAAAUAGUCUUAAGUUUUUCUAUUACCCAUACGAUUUGCUUAUGAAAUACCUUCAAUAUAAAUCAUAAUUAUUAAUUUUUAGGCACACAUGAAAACAUUUUCAAGGCUUCAGUUUUACUUUUCACUUGCGGGCUACUCAAAAACAACAAAAAAAAAUAUAAGAAAAAAACAUCAAACAAAAAAGUAAUACCACUUUGAGUUUUAUUCUAAUUUGCAUUAUCGAAAUGAAUGUUUUUGCUCUGCUUCGAUGCUAAUUUUGUGAUAUUUGUAUUCAAAUUCUUUGUUGUGUAGUUCUUUGGGGCGGGCUUAUCUUAUUUUGGGUUAUGUUUUCCAUUAACUGUUUGAAGCCUUUCUUACUGCUAUUUGUUGCUUAACGUGUUGUGUUCAAUUGAUAUCAAAAGAAUUAACUUUCGAAAGGGAAACCUACAUUCUAACUGAGGGUAACAGAAACAGAACGAGAAUGAGAACGAAAAUACAAAUUACAAAAGUGAUUCAAGUUAAAAACUUAGAACUAGGUACUCGUAUCACCCACAGCGAUGAACACGUGGAAAUAACAAAUUGUAGUUGUUAAUCUAGCCUUAACAAAAAAAAAAAAAGAAAAAGAAUAUAACAAAAAACCGAUUGAGCGCACAUUAAUUAAAAAUCAACACACAAAAUUGGCCAUCAGUUUUUAGGGUUUUCAAAUUCAUGUCUUGGGAGCUUAAACUCAUUACAUAAGUGAUAAGAAUUCAAAAUUACAAUUUAGAAUUUUAGAAAAACAUCGGGCUGGCGGGCACCCCAUAUAUAGUAUAUAUACAUAGAACCACACACAAAGUACAAGCGCAAGCAAAAACGCAGAUUAUGUAUGAACUAUGCAUAUAUCAUAUUUAAGUCAGGUUUUAGGUUGGCUUUGUGUAAAAAGUACAGAGUAAUGAAAGAAUUCAAGGCGAAGCAGCAUUGAAAUAAGCACGACAGUUCCUCAGUGUUUAAUAUUGUAUAAUUAACAUAUUAAAUAUAUAUUAAAAACAAAAAAUGUAUACCUAAAUGUAACGGAUAUGUAAAUGUGUGUGCUUUAUAUAAAUGUGCUUCAGAGAAAAUAACUUUUAUAUACAUAACGAAACUAAGCAAACUACCUCAAAAUACGUUGGAAAAGAAGUUCAAGUUUCAUAUUCGGUAAAGAAGCAGAAGAUACAAUUUGAAAAGUAAAUAUAAUUUAUAUGAAUAUAUAAAAACCAAGAGCCUGAUUCAUGUGUCCAUUUAAAGCAUAUAUAUAUCUUUAUUAAUAACAAUGCAUAAUUAUGUAUUUUCAAAUUCUUAAAAAUUAGGUAUGAUACGAAAAAAUCAAUUCAACUUAGAUAGUUCUUCGGCCAGCCGAAUAGUUAAUGCACUUGAUAAAGUUCUGGAGAACAGACAACGAAAAACUGAAGUCCUUUUAACAAGUGCAUUACCAGAACCAAACAAAAAAUACAAAUUUUUUCGAAAAGUCCAAGCUGGAAAAAAUUAAAUGACACCAGAAUAUGAAUAAACAAUGAUGAAAACAAAAACAAAACAACUGUGUUGAAAAUUUAAAAUUUUGUAUGCAUAUGCAUUAAAAGUUAAAGUGAAAACAUAACUAUUAUGUCUAAAUAAACACACGUCAGAUGUAUGUACGUCGAAGGAAAA